AUGCCGCUCCCGCUGGAGGGCAGUUCAGUGACUCUGACCUGCAGCAGCAGUGAUGCCAACCCUCCAGUGCUGAGAUGCGGAGAAUACUACUGUGAGGCAGAGAAUGUGAUUGGGACAAAAAGAUCUCUUCCUAAACGUCUUGGUGUACAGUAUCCUCCAAAGAUCGUCUCAGUAUCAGUGAGCCCCUCUGGUGAAAUAGUGGAGGGCAGUUCAGUGACUCUGACCUGCAGCAGCGAUGCCAACCCACCAGUGCAGAAAUACACCUGGUAUAAGAAGAAUGACACUGGAGUCUGGCAGGCAGGAUCAGGACAGAGUUUGAACUUUUCUAACUUUAGAUCCUGGAACAGAGGACAGUACUACUGUGAGGCACAGAACAGACUUGGAGCUCAGAAUGCUUCUGCUCUACUGGUCACAGUGCAAGGAGGUCAGUCACUGAUCGCGGUUGCAGCUGUGGGAGUGGCUGCCAUUUUGGCUCUUGUGUUUCUGGGUGUUGUGUGCAUGAGGAGGAGAAAAUCAACAAAUGAGACAGAAGGGGACAGGCAGGGGAAUAAAAGCCCCAUUUAUGGCAACGUCUCAGGGAUGGCAAUGAGUCACACUGGAACACAGGGUACGGACAGAGACGACGGUGAAGUUCCCCUCUACGCCUCUGUUCAGCCCGCUAACACCCGCAACCAGGAUGAGCUUCUACCCUCCACUGUUCAAAAGCCACUCCCCCAGUGUGAGGAGGGUGUUCAGUACGCCAGCGUCCAGUUCCGCCCCUCCAGUGCUCCCCCCAGGUCACCAGCCCCAUCCGUAAAGGAAGACUGUGUUCUCUACAGCACACUUCGAAAACUGGACAUGUGAAAAUAAACCAGGAAGAUAUCUUGCUUCAUAAAAUUUAUUAAAACCAGUGAACUUAAACUCUCCUCAUGAACUCAGGUCACAUGACUGUGCCUUUGUCACAUGACCAGGAUGACUGUGGUUAUUGGAGUCAGCAAAGAUGUGCUCAGAAUGGAUCAUUCCUUUGGCAUUUUAUCAACAUUUACAUGCAUAACUGCUCAUGUAUUAAUUGUGUACACAAAGUAUUAUCAAGAUGUUGGUGCCUGAUAGCUAUUAUCAUUGCUGAAUGUAUUCAUUGGCCAAAUAUACUGGAGAAUUGGGCUUUAUAUGUAAUUCAAUUUUUUAAAUUCUUUUAUUAAUACUUGUAUAACAUUUAUUAUUACAGACAUUCUUGUGCACA